UUCGGCGAGAGAGAGGGACAUAGCCUCAGUCGCUCUCUAGCCACAGUCACAGCACAGAUCGUGCUUUUUUGUGUUGCUCUGUGGCCUUUUUAACCAUAAAAACAAAGACCGAACAUCCUGUCCUUUCUGGACAAGGGGAGGAUAGACAUCAGGCUAAUUUCUAUCCAUGAAAAAGGAUUUGGAACGCUGAGCAGAUCUUUUUUUUCUCUCUCUCUUCCUCCUUCCUCUCUCCUUUGUUUUUUUUUUUUCCUGCAGUAGUCAUCUGCGGGGAAUAUCAGUGCCCUCAAAGAACGAGGGAGAGAGUGAGAGAGAGUGAGCUGCUCUUUCUCCGAUACCUCCAGCUGGAUCCUGACACCACCACGGUCCCCCAGCCAGGAGUCUAAUGCUCGUCGAGGAUGAGUCCCGCGUUAGAAGCCAUGCAGGCAGAGCAGCAGAGCUAUUCCAGCAAGGGGGUCCUGCUUGAGCCCUUUGUGCACCAGGUGGGGGGUCACUCGUGCGUGCUCCGCUUCGGGGAGCAGACCAUCUGCAAGCCCCUCAUCCCCCGGGAGCACCAGUUCUACAAGAGCCUUCCGGCUGAGAUGAGGAAGUUCACCCCGCAGUACAGAGGCGUGGUGUCGGUCAGCUUCGAGGAGGACGAGGAGGGGAACCUGUGCCUCAUCGCCUACCCCCUGCACAGCGAGCCGGCUGACCUGGAGAACGUGGACCCCACUGCCGACAGCGAGCCCAAGAACAAGAUGCUGAAGUGGGGCAACAAGAAGCCGUCCGCCCUGCUGCUGGACAACGACAACUACGGCAAGGACAGGAGCAGGCACGCACGCAAGGAGGACAAGAUCAAGAGUCACAACCGCGAGGAGGAGCUGGACUGGCUGCAAAAGGCCGAGGUGCUAUACUACAACCUGGAGAAGAGCAAUGCAGUGCCCCAGGUCAAGCACAACCCCUGGAGCCUCAAGUGCCACCAGCAGCACCUGCAGAGGAUGAAAGAGAACGCUAAACACCGCAACCAGUACAAAUUCAUCCUGCUGGAGAACCUGACGUGGCGGCACACGGUGCCCUGCGUGCUGGACCUGAAGAUGGGCACCCGGCAGCACGGGGACGACGCCACCGAGGAGAAGAAGGCCACACAGAUCCGCAAGUGCCAGCAGAGCACAUCGGCCUCCAUCGGGGUGCGGCUGUGCGGCAUGCAGGUGUAUCAGUCCGACUCUGGGAAGCUCAUGUUCAUGAACAAGUACCAUGGGCGCAAGCUGACGCUGCCGGGCUUCAAGGAGGCGCUCUUCCAGUUCUUCCACGACGGGCGGCGGCUGCGGCGGGAGCUGCUGUCGCCGGUGCUGCGGCGUCUGCGCGAGAUGCAGGCGGCGCUGGAGGCCUGCGAGUCGUACCGCUUCUACUCCAGCUCGCUGCUCAUCAUCUACGACGGCGAGCCGCUGCGGGGCCGGCGCCCGCGCCACCACGGCGGCGAGGAGGGCGAGGAGGACGAGCUGUCUGAGGAGGAGGAGGAGGAGGAAGAGGAGGAGGAGGAUGAGGAGGAGGAGGAGGGGGGCGCGUACGGGUUCCCCUGUGGCGGGGCGGCGGCCGGCGGCGGGAGCAGCACCGUGGGCGUGGUCAGCCGUGCCCCCAGGGGGGAGGGCAGCCCCGUGGUGGACGUGCGCAUGAUCGACUUUGCCCACACCACCUGCCGGCACUACGGCGAGGACAGCGUGGUGCACGAGGGCCAGGAUAGCGGCUACAUCUUCGGCCUGCAGAACCUCAUCACCAUCAUCUCCCAGCUGGAAGAGCACAGCGCAGACUAGGCUGCGCCACCCCCAUCUCUGACUGACUGACACGGAGCGAGAGCUCUGCCUGCGUUCCGCAUGCAUGUCUCGCGCCGCUCCUCUGCCCGCAGGGGCGGGGCGUGGGGGGGCGCGGGUUGGGUGCGGGGCGAAAGGGAGACGUUCCCUGCCCUGCCGACCAAAAGGGACAGAACGGUGUUCUGCUAGUUCUCUCCGUUUUUUUCUGUUGGUGUUUACCAGUGUUUUUUUUUUUUUUUGGUUUGUUUUUUUGUGUGUAGAGGAAAAAAAUUUGAAGAGAGACGUCAGUGAUCUUUCCAGUUUUGUUUACUUGACUAAGUGACUCGUAGCCUCCUCCGUUUUCUUGCACUGUUACAGUUUUGUUUUUUUUUCUUUUUAUAUGAAGAGCGUUAACGAAAAAGAAGCUAAAAACGUGUAAAUAAAACACAAGAAAGCAAUCAUGGAUUCCUAAUCCUUCCAGUCCCCUCUGAACCACAAGGUUCUGUCAGACAUUUUCUACAUCUUUAACCACCAGCUCCCUGCAACGCACACACACACACACACAGACAUGCACUGCGCUGCUAAGGGAGUGAAGCUAAUAAUGU